AGACGACGAUUAUCUAUGGGGCGCCAUGCAUACUCGAUGGUUUGAUAAUUGUGUUUCAAAUUUUUAACUUAUACUAGUCUAGUACUUGAAAACAAAUAUUUUUUUAUCAAGAACGAUGAAAUAUAAAUUUGAAAUUAAAAUGAUAAAAGCUGAAGCACGAAGAAACAGACUAGGUCUUGGAAAUGUAAAAUUAAAUGAAAUAUAUUCGGUAUGUUCUGUAAACUAACAUAAAAAAAACACACACGCACAAUCGGCGCUCUUCACUGCGCUACAUGCUUGCAAUUAAUUGCGCUAAUGAUACUAUGCUGCUGGCCGAAUUAUAACUUUGCUGGCAAAACCUGUCUUUCUUGGAAAUACCCGGGGAAUAUAUCUCACCAUGUCUAUUAUCGUGAGGAACUUUCAGAAGUCGGUGGCCUUUAAUCUGGAAAAGAUGAGAACUGACUUGAAAGCACUACGUCGAAUUCUUCGCGCAGAAAGAUUUGAUGUUUCAGUGAUAUGUGUGGAGGAUAAAGACAUCAGAGAAAUGAACAGGAUUUAUCGGGCGACAGAUGAACCUACGGACGUUCUCGCGUUUCCUGCCCACGAGAAUUUAAAGCCAGGACGGCUGCCGGACCCCUGGAGUGACUUAGCAGACUUGGGAGACAUGUUCCUUGGGAUGCAGUAUAUUGAAAGGGACUGUGCCAAACACAACUCAAAUAUUGAUGAUGUCCUACCGGUUAUUGUGACCCAUGGCCUCUGUCACCUAAUUGGCUACAAUCAUAAGUCACAAGAACAAUGGAAAAUGAUGUAUGAUCAAGAGCUACAGAUCCUAGAACAGUUCAAAAAGUUGACCGGUCAAGACCUCCGACCACUGACUGGACGCUCCGAUUUCCUUCAGGCCAAUCAUAUAGACCAACAAAAUCAGAGCCAACCUACUCAGAUCUAAGAACAGUGCAAUUUAUGUCUCUUCUCUUCUCUCUCUCUAUGUCUAUGUCUAUCUCUCUUUCUCUUGAUCUUUCUCUCUGAUGCCAUUCUCAUCUACUUACACUAGUCAACUGGAAACUGGUUUAAAGCGUAAUCGUUAUGUAAUAAGAAUGCUUGAUGGUUUCUUGGAAGUGGUCUUGGAAGCGAUAUUGGUCUAUCAGAACAGUUUGGAAAACCACUUGCGAUGUGGAUUUUGACCGCUUGGCCUCGUUAAACUAGUUUAAGUGUAGUUGAUGACACAACCAUUUUUCGAAUAGCGAUCUUCACACGGAACUACAGGAAAAUGACAUUUCAUUGAUUUUUUACCAUUCUCUAUAAUACUGCUCUCAUAUGACGUCACAAAUCAAGUAAUUAAAAUUCUAGUAACUUUUUAAUUCUUUGAUGGAUUUUUCUCAAACCUUUGGCAAGGUUUUUUAUCAUUUUUAUCUGAUAUUUUUUCAAUGAAUGUUUUGUCAGGGUGAACUUCCCCCUUUAAAUGUGUCUUUUUAUUGUCAUCAUCUACUUCCCUCUCUCUUUCUCACUCUCCCCUCAAGUUCUCUCUUUCACUCUUUUUCUGUCUCUAGCUGUCGCACAUCUUUGAAAUGAAAUUCCAUUGUUUUAAAAAUACCUUGAAUAUCAUGUUGAAAUAAACAUUUUUUAAUAAAAUCUUCACCAAUAAUUGUUAUCUAAUUUCUCUGCUUUAGUAUUAAAAAUCAACUUGUUAUAUCAGGGUGAUCUUUCCCUUUAACAGUUCCAUAGGAUUGAUGUUGCAUGGCUUAAGUUAAUCCAUGCCAUUCAAGGCCUCUUUGGGGGGAAUCUCUGGGUGGAAACAUUUUUGCAUGUCUGUAAUUUGUCCGUAUUUUGGAGUGGGUACUCAGAGUGCCCCUUCAUUUUUAAGAGCUCACAAUAUUUGCCAAAAGCAGAACAUCUCCUUUCAGUGCAAAAAUAUUUGUGCAUAAAAGUCAAAGCAAUAUAAAUAAAAUUAAAUUAAAUUUUGCAUCAUUACAGUGCCCAUACUUCAACUUUGGUUGCAUGACCCACAUGUAAUUAGAUCAUUGUAACUUGUACAAUUUUAGCUAAAAUAUUCCCUAGGUACAUGUAUGGUAUGUUUUUGCACAAUAUAUACAAGGUGAGAUGAUGUAUGGUGUAUGGUUUACUACCCACUUGCAUUGGUGUAAGGUUUAAAACCAAGCACCAUCAGUGGCAGCAUUGAAACCUGGAAUAAACACUGGGAUUAUUAUCACUAGGUUUUGAGCUCAAAUGUGAUUGUUGUAAUUUUAUACACCCAAAUAGAGUUUUGGGCUUGAUAAUAUUGUUCUAUAAACCCGAAUAUGGAGUCAAACUAGUCGCGAAGCCUGGCGUACCAAUGUUGAUUCAUUCUCGGAUGCGUCCGAUUUGUAGUGUAGUGUUGUGUUGACUAUUAAUUAAUGCAAUAUUUUCUAGAGUCCUGAUUUUCCUUUAUCACAUAAGGUGGAUUUUUUAAAUUGAAAACAUACUAUUUAUGGACAUAUGGUAUUUAUUUUUUUGUGGAUAACGUGUAUGUUUUGUAAAUAUGAUAAAUAUGAUAUGAUAAAUGGAAAAAUAAUUUGCUGUAUUUUUCAGAUUGUAUCAUGUUCUUGUAUAUAUAAUGUUCUUCUUGAUUAUGUUGGAAUAUAAUUGUAUUAAGGGAAUUCACAUGAAAUGAACAUUCAUGUAUUGAGUAGGUAAAUGUAUGAUGUGUGUGGCUUCACCAUUCAUUCAGGUGAAAAUCAGUGUGUGAAACUUAUGAAAGUAAGUUUAUGUUACAGUAUAAAUCUUACAUGUUGUUUCCAUGAUAUUAUAUCCCAGCAAUGAGCAUACACAAACAUUAAAAGAACAUUAGAAGAAAUGUUUUAAAAAUGUCUAACGUUUGAAAACAUUUUUUUUGCAUGUUCUAAAAAUGCAGUAUUUUUGCUGAGAUACUACUUCUUGUUUCGUAGUGUUAAUGUCUUUUCUAUUGUCUGUAUUGCUUUAUUUAUUCAACCUUGUAUUCAUGCCAUUUAAAAAAAAUUCAUCUUCAUAAUAAAUUAUAUGAAUUUUUCACCCGUGCAUGUACAUUUAUCUAAAUCUGAGAGUUCCAGAAGAUAUUAAAAAUAAUGUCAAACAGGGUAGAGUGUUGUUUUCUAAUAUUCUAUUUCAUAUCAUUACCACAUUUCUAAAUUCAGGUAUCAGAAGUAUAAGCGCAUUCCAUGAUGGCAUUCAUAGUUUAUCCGUUGGGUGUUUCUUGUAUAAAAAGAUCAUUUUGACUUCGGGGAAUUUUAGAAGGUGGACUUUUGCAAGUUUACCUGUGCAUGUAUGCAAGAAUGUUUAAAUUAUUCACAUGUAAUUUCUCUAGUUUUAUGAUUUUUUUUUCAUGGAGGGGGGGGGGGGUAAUAUGUUGAAGUUCAUUAAACUUGUAUUAAUCAUGCACAUCUUCACUGAAUAAGAAAUAUUUUCCUGCUUUCUUCAAAGGAAUUAUCUGAUACUUCCAUUGUUUGUAAAUAUGUUUGAUUUUGUUGAGUUUUUAGCACACUGUGAAAUCAUGGCCAAUAUUUAAAAAUAUCUUGCUUCCAAUGUAAAGUUGUACUUUACAUAUAGAUAGAAUAAUUUCUAACAGGGCAAUGCAAGAGACUUAUAUUCAAUUCUGAAGUCCAAAAAUUAAGUGCAAGUCCUUAGCUUGAAUGUAAAUCUGUAGUUCGAUUGUGUUUAAUUACAACUGAUUUCUUCUCUCUGGCAAUGCUUUAUUGGAUUUGACUUUUGCUUGACUUUCAAUUGAGCUGAAGUUUCUUACAAUGCCCCAUAUGAUGUAUAUUUUAGACUAUUUAUCUUAUUUGUACUUUUAUUAACUUUGCUUUAUUAUAAAAGCAAUUUGAGCCUUUAUUAAGGGGCAGUAUUAAAGAAAUAUUAAUCAA